GAUCUUCAAUACACCUACUUGCAAAGUGCGUCACAAAAUAGUUAUUUAUGAUAUAAGUGCUAAAAGUGACAUUUUAUUUUGUGAAAAGGGAAGUUUGGGACACGACGCCGAAGGCAGAGUGUUCCAUCCCUUUGAACAAAAUAAAAUCACUUUUAUAGAAACGAUAUUUUGAAAAUUUCCACCUCCAACAUAACACAAACAUACAAAAAAGGUAAUAGAACAAACACCAUACGUAGCAAUUUUGCGUCCACAUCGUAGGGAGAGAUCCCGGGAAGACGCCCCCGCAUCCAGACGUCAUCCGACGCUUCUCAAGACGCCCAAAACGACGCGCCGCGUCCCGACGCAGUCAGUGCCGAACAGCAGUCGCAGAUCUCGACUCGUUAAUACCGCCAACUUAGUAGACGAACGACCAAGUAAACCACUAGAAAAGUAGCCGAAAACACACACACAAACGACAAAAUGUUCAAGAACCACCUUGAGAUGAUCAGUCUCAACGAGACCCCAUCGAAAAAAGCCAAAUUUUGGCAAUCCUUUGUAAGAUCUCUAAAAGGAUCUGAUGACUUGAGGGCCUCCGACUCUUACUCAGCCAGGCCCAGAGGUAUUUUCAGGCCUCUCAGCGAUCUUCCAGAGCUCGGUUCCACCUGGCCCUACACCAAGUCGAUCUACGACGAACCCAGCGUGGCUUCUGAACGCAUCCACGUACCUGGAUACCGUUACGAUCCUCUUCAUCGUGACACUUAUGGAUAUUCACCCAGAGCAAUCUAUCCACAUAAUUAUGGAUCUUUGGACAGAUACAGGCCUGCUUACCACGUCACCAAGCCAAAAGCAUUUGACGCAGACGGAGCAUGGAGAGACCACGUCGAUCGCGUCAAAGGACGUGAACCGAGCCAGUGGCCCAGCAGCAUUUUCCACACCACUUAUCCGUUUUCGCGCUACCCACUCUACUUGGUCUACAGCAAAAGGCCCCCACCAGCUGCCGACAAGUACGAUCCUCACCGUUCUUGGUUGGACCAUUUGGACCGUAUGGCCGAGCUCGACAAAUUGUACCCUACCUUGUGGCCCUCGACUGGAAGCAAACUGAGCCCCACACCAAUUAAGCCUGGCCGUUACGCACCCCGUCCAUCUGAGGUAGCUUUCAAUUACGCCGGCCAACCGAUCUGGUCCAGACCAAGUAAGAGCCUCUUUAACGAUCUCUUAAACCCCUCUCCCUCCUUGCCCAUCUCAGCCGUGACUCGCGACCCCUUCUGGUGGGACUCGCCCCUUAAACCAGCCUCAAUCCACAACCCCUGGGGCAAGUCUCCUUUCUACUUGCGCGACUCGUACCUGUCGCCAGUCAAAAGGACAUUCUUGUGGGACAAACACCCCAUCAGGCCGUUCGCUGCCGUCUACUAAGUCCGAAAGGGUGAAAAGGCGAUGAUCUAAAUAAAUAACAAAAACAAAAAUAAUAAAUGAUCGUCACUCAGAAACAUCUAGUUAAAUUUUCAAACCAACUGACUGAACUGAAAACGUGCUUUUGACCAAUCACUGGUUCGCAUUUUUGAAUCAACGUUUCAACAACAUCAAGUGUUCAUUAUUUCUUAAAUCAAAAAAAAAAAAAGUUCUUUACAUAAAUAUCUAAUAAGUGCCUUAUAUUUAUUAUAUGUACCUAUACACGUUUUUUUUUUUUUUUUUGUUAUCGUCCUUUUAAAUUAGUAUAUUACAAAUCGUGUCUCUUCAUUCCAUCAAAUAAUAUUAAUUUUAAAGGACAACUUUAUAAUUUUAAUUGAAAUAUUGUUAUAUUAAACUAUUAUUGUCAUAUUCUUCUAAAACGGGCAUAAAAUUUAAUUAAACACAACUA